GUCUCAUCUCUCUGUCUUCAGCCGUAAAGCGCGGUGCGAGCGUCGCGCCUACAGUCGCCGCUUGACGGCGGGCAAGCGUCGUGAAAGGCCCGUGAAGGACGGCGGCGGCAGCGGCGGCGGUGGGGCCCGGCCCGGUAUCAGCGUCGUGACAAGCGCCCGUGUCGCGACAGGCGCGGAGCCAUGCCGUUCUGGGACCUGCAGCAGCAGCUGGGCAUCGAUGUGGACCGGUGGCUGCUGCGGCAGAGCAUGCCGCAGCCCUACGGCAGAGCGGGCGCCUGUCACGCCUUCGAGCGGGAGUGGGUGGAGUGCGGGCACGGCCUGGGCCAGACCCGCGCCCGCCGCGAGUGCCAGCCCGAGUACGAGGACUUCAUGGAGUGCAUGCACCGCACCAAGCUGGCUGCGCGGCUGAAAACCAUCCUGGAGCAGAGGGACAAGAUGAUCAAGGAAGGGAAAUACGCCCCCCCCGACUACCACAAGGGCAAGGAAGAGCCGCGGCCGUGAUCCGCAGGGAUGUGGCCACACGUGGAGCUGUCACCGUGGGAUUCCUGCGGGAAGAAGAGCCGCGGCACAAGCGGGUGAUGCUGUUGGGCUCCCGCUGAAGGGGAACGACACCGCAUCGGGCACGUCUCGGGCCAGUAAACGUCUCCUUCAGAACAGC